GGGAAGAGCGUGGAAGAAGAGUGAGUGAAAUGGAAGAUUGACUAGCUUCCAAACGCGGAAUUUACAAAACGCAAAUAGACCUAUAGCCAACGAGCAACGACCGCAAUGGACAACUACUAGCUAAAGCCAUCGCACACCCCGUUCACACUGCUUUCGACUGAAUCUGCUCUUCCCUUUCACCUUAUAGACCCUAUUUUUUAAUUUUGACAUUUCUCUCUCUCUCUCUCUCUCUCUCUCGUCUGCCAUGGCUCUUCUGUUCAGAGACAGAACUCUGGGCGAAUCGAAGAGGCAUACGGCGAUAAUGGCUGCCGCUUCGGCCGUUUCCCGGUCACCUGCGGCCGAUCUCCCCUCCCCAUUUGGUGAGCUUUCCGCCGAGCUCACGGACUCCGAUCUCCGCGUCACCGCCUACGAGAUCUUUGUCGCCGCCUGCCGCACCUCAUCUGGCAAGCCGCUCACCUACAUUCCCCACUCUGCCUCUGGCGGCGUCGACAGGUCGCCGUCCUCGACCUCGCCUUCGCUUCAGCGGUCGUUGACGUCGACGGCGGCUAGCAGAAUGAAGAAGGCGUUGGGGUUGAAAUCACCGGGUUCUGGGUCGAAGAAUAGUCCAUCGGGAAAGGACGGUAGUCCGUCCGGGAAGGCAAAGAAGCCGGUGACUGUUGGUGAGCUCAUGAGGAUUCAGAUGAGGGUUUCGGAUACUGUGGAUUCGAGGGUGAGGAGGGCUCUUUUGAGGAUUGCUGCUGGGCAGGUUGGACGGCGAAUUGAGUCAGCAGUUCUCCCUCUAGAGCUAUUACAGCAAUUGAAGUUUUCAGAUUUUACUGAUCAACAAGAAUAUGAUGCAUGGCAGAAGAGAAAUUUGAAACUUCUUGAGGCUGGAUUGAUUUUACAUCCUCACAAGCCAUUAGAAAAGUCAGAUAUGGCUCUGCAACGGCUGCGGCAGAUUAUUCGUGGGGCCAUGGAUAGGCCAAUAGAAACUGGGAAGAACAAUGAGUCCAUGCAAGUCCUUCGUAGCGCUGUGAUGUCUCUUGCCUGCAGAUCAUUUGAUGGUUCUCUGCCUGAAUCAUGCCACUGGGCUGAUGGGUUUCCGCUGAAUCUUCGUCUCUAUGAGAUGCUUCUAGAAGCUUGCUUUGAUAUUAAUGAUGAAACAUCUAUUAUCGAGGAAGUUGAUGAGCUGCUAGAACUCAUAAAGAAGACAUGGGGAAUCCUUGGAUUGAACCAAAUGCUUCAUAACCUAUGCUUUUCGUGGGUUUUAUUUCGCCGUUUUGUUGCAACAGGUCAAGUUGAAAAUGAUUUGCUGUUCGCCGCUGAUAGUCAGCUAGCAGAAGUAGCAAAAGAUGCAAAGACAACAAAAGAUCCAUCUUACUCAAAGGUGUUGAGUUCCACAUUGAGUUCAAUAUUGGGUUGGGCAGAGAAAAGGCUCCUUGCAUAUCAUGACACUUUUGAUAGUGGAAAUAUUGAUUCCAUGCAGAGCAUUGUUUCUUUGGGUGUCUCAGCAGCCAAGAUUUUAGUUGAAGAUAUAUCAAAUGAGUACCGCAGAAAGAGGAAAGGUGAGGUUGAUGUGGCUCGCAACAGGAUAGACACAUACAUCAGGUCUUCACUACGUACUGCUUUUGCUCAGAGAAUGGAGAAGGCAGACUCCAGCAGGAGGGCAUCCAAAAACCAGCCAAAUUCCCUUCCCGUGCUUGCCAUCCUCGCAAAGGACGUUGGCGAGCUCGCAGCAAAUGAGAAGGAGGUAUUCAGUCCAAUAUUGAAGAGAUGGCAUCCUUUUUCUGCUGGUGUGGCUGUAGCUACCCUUCAUGCUUGCUACGGGAAUGAGAUAAAGCAAUUCAUUUCUGGCAUCAUGGAGUUGACCCCAGAUGCUGUACAAGUGUUGAGAGCUGCUGAUAAGUUAGAGAAAGAUCUUGUGCAGAUUGCUGUUGAAGAUUCAGUGGACAGUGAGGAUGGUGGGAAGGCAAUAAUUCGAGAGAUGCCACCUUACGAGGCUGAAGCCGCAAUUGCUAACUUGGUGAAAGGAUGGAUCAAGAUGAGAAUAGAUAGAUUGAAGGAAUGGGUUGACCGGAAUAUACAACAAGAGGUAUGGAAUCCACGGGUCAAUAAAGAGGGAUUUGCUCCCUCUGCUGUCGAAACGUUGCGAAUAAUAGAUGAAACAUUGGAUGCAUUCUUUCAGCUACCAAUACCAAUGCAUCCAGCAUUACUUCCUGACUUGGUGGCUGGCCUUGACAAGUGUCUUCAAUAUUAUAUGACCAAGGCAAAAUCUGGCUGUGGGACACGGAAUGCUUUUGUCCCCACUAUGCCAGCACUAACCAGGUGUACGACAGGAUCAAAGUUUCAUGGUGUGUGGAAGAAGAAAGAGAAGCCACAGAAUUCUCAGAGGAGGAAUGCUCAGGUUGCUACAAUGAAUGGGGAUAGUUCUUUUGGGAUAGCACAGCUAUGUGUUCGUAUUAGUACUUUGCAACGAAUUCGAAUGGAGCUGGAAGUUUUGGAGAAGAGGAUAAUCACUCUUCUAAGGAACUCAGAAUUUGCUGAAGCAGAAGACAUUUCAAAUGGGUUGGGGAAAAAGUUUGAGCUCUCAGCUACUGCUUCUCUGGAAGCAAUCCAACAACUAUGCGAGGCAGUGGCUUACAAGAUCAUAUUCCGUGAUUUAAGUCAUGCACUGUGGGAUGGUUUAUAUGUUGGGGAGCCAUCAUCUUCUAGAAUUGAACCUCUACUUCAGGAGCUUGAGCAAAACUUGAUGAUUGUUUCAGAUAUUGUACAUGAAAGAGUUCGUACUAGGGUUAUUACUGACAUUAUGAAAGCUUCCUUUGAUGGGUUCUUGUUGGUUUUGCUAGCAGGAGGUCCGUCUCGUGUUUUUUCCAGGCAGGACUUUCAAAUAAUAGAGGACGAUUUCAAAUCUUUGAAAGAUUUAUUUUGGGCCAAUGGGGAUGGGUUGCCUAUUGAAGUGAUAGAUAAGUUUUCCACUGCAGUGAGAGGUGUCCUCCCCCUUCUCCGUACUGAUACAGAGAGUCUCAUUGAGCGAUUCAGACGUCUGACUUUGGAAGCCUAUGGUUCUUCGGCCAAAUCCAGGCUUCCUUUGCCUCCCACUUCAGGCCAGUGGAACCCCACUGAACCAAACACACUUCUCCGUGUUUUGUGUUACCGUAAUGAUGAAACAGCUUCAAAGUUCCUAAAAAAGACCUAUAAUUUGCCCAAGAAACUGUAACAUCAGUUUGAGAAAUGGUUAUGGCAAACGGGAAAAAGGUUCUGGUAAGAUUGGCAGGACGUUCUUGCAGUUCAUCUUGUAUUUAGUAUGUUACCCCUGGAUUAGAUUUAUUACGUCUGUCAUGCUUGGGCUUUGGGCAAGCAUAAGUUGCCUGUUGGAUUCAUGACCAUCCUUGUAUAGUCAUUAUGAAAGUGAUCUGGUAUAUUUCCAGAGAUCCAGAAUUGAAAAAUUGCACAUACUCCCGAAGGUUUGCUUGUGGAAAUGCAGCUUGAGAUUCUUUACUAUUCAUCAUCUAGAGAUUAUUAGGUCAUGUUCAAAUAUUUUUUUUUUUCCCAAUGUAUUUUGUAUUCUGCUUCUAGCAGCAUUUGUUGGACCUUGUGGGGUUCUGUUUUAUUAUUGUUAUAUAUUAUUAUUCUUU